UAUUAUAUAAAAAGUAAUAUUGUUCUAUUAUAAUUGUUAUAUUAAAAUAAAAAUAUUAACGGUACAUGAUAUAAAAAUAAAAUGCUCCUGUUUAAAAAGGUUUAAAAAUUCGCGGUAUAAAAUGAUCGUACAGUAUAACCUAUCACAUCAGACAUUUUAACAAAAAAAAAACCAAUGUGAUGAUUAAAAGAUAAAAUAUCUUGUGUAAAAGCUACAUUGAUAAAAAAACAUUUAUUUAUAUCAAAGAAAGUCGACGAAGUAAAUUUUUUUUUUCGAAUCGAUUGAGAACAAGUUUUUAAUAAAACGUAGAGGCAUCUGCCUAGAGUGAGAAACUUUUCUUCGAAUAUAAUAUCUAUUAAUAACAUUUUCUUGCCAUCCAGUGUACAUAAGUAAGUAUUGAAUUCAACACAGUUGUUCCUUGAUGUUUCAUACUGUACUUACGCAAUGCAUCAGUCCGAUUCGAACGAAUCGUGACAAGAAAUUAGAAGCAAAAAGAACGCCUCUAGUACGUCACUAUCACCAGCGCGGGAUUACUUAUACCGGCAUUCGAAAUUAUUAAAAUCGAUGAGUGAAAUUCUCGUGGAAAAAAUAAAUAAUAUAAAAAUUGUUAUCGUUUCUCUCUCUCUCUCUUUCUCUCUCUUUCUCUUUGUAUCUUAUUAACAAAAUUCGGGAAUAAAGAUUUUAAAAAUCGUCACAUCUUCACGUUUUGGAGUUACCACAUCGCCUAUUGCAAUUUUCUUCGAAGUAUAUAAAAGAUCGUGUGACAGAGGUAAAAAAAAAUGUCAAUCGAUUGUAUUUUCAAACACACCAAGGAAGAUGCUUUCAAGGAUUUCAUCUUUUUCGACGAGAAAACCAUACCAAUAGAAGAGGUAAAACCUGUCAUAUUGCAGCCAUUGAAGCCAACAUCUGCUAUCAUUAUAACAGGAUACAUUCCCGUUCAUGCAAUAAGAUUUGCAAUAAAUUUAAAUUGCAAAACGAACGGAAACAUAGCAUUGCAUUUUAAUCCAAGAAUAGAUAGAGGCUAUGUGGUAAGAAAUACUAAGAUCAAAGGUACAUGGGAAAUCGAGGAAACAUGUUCUCCAGUCGGUCCAUGUAAUUAUAUAUUUCGUCGAAGUUCUUAUAUUCAUUUGAUGAUAUUUUGCACGGAAGAUGCAUUUCAGAUAGCCGUCAAUGGAGAACAUUUCUGUGCGUUUACAUAUAGAUUUCCACUUAGCGAUAUUAAUCAUCUUCAAUGCGAAGGACAUAUAGAAGAUAUAAGAUUUAAUCAAUUAUAUCUUAACGUUUAUCCUGAUCCAAAGAUUUUGAAAUCUUCACGUUCUUUAAGUUUGACAGUGGACUGUCCUCUCGUAGAGUUUCUUGAAGUUCCGAUCAAUGUAAGAAUCGGCUGUGAAUUUAAACUCGGUACCAAUUUAUUUAUUAGAGGAAGAUUAAAAUUACUUCCCCAUUCAUUUUAUAUAAAUUUACAAAAAGGUGACACUAUUUAUCCUCACCCAAUAAUUGCUUUGCACAUAAAUCCACGUUUCCUUUAUGGUAGUAGCGAGCCUUACGUUGUCAUGAAUUGUUGGGUCGAUGGUAGUUGGAGAAAUGAGGAAAGACACGAAGGUCAUUUGUCUUGGAUGCCGGGCCGUGAUUUUUUACUAACUAUACGUUGCGAGCAUGACAGCUUUUCAAUAUGGCUGGGAAACAAAAUAAUAAGCGAAUUUAAGCACAGAUUAAAACCAUCGGUCAUUAAUACUCUACGAAUAUCAGGCGAUGUUGUUCUUCAUCAUUUGGCGAUCGAUGAUGUCAAAAAAAAAUGAAAUAACGAAUGACUAUAUUAUAACGAUACUUCUUGGAUACCAUAAUUAUUAUUCAAAGAAGAAACAUGACGUAUUUACUUGUCUCUGUUUCUUUUAUGAAACUUUUCGAAUGUUGUCAUUAAUAAUGUAAAGAAUGAUACAAUGUUUUCUGAUAAACGUAUGUACUUACUACGUAUCAUUCUUAGACAAUAUAUCGUUUUAAGUUGAUUUUAUUAAACUCGUUGAUCAAGUUAGAAAAAGACCUCCCUCUUCACUUUUCCAUUUCUCGUAAUAAUUCUUUAUGAGAUUGAUAUAUAUCUCUCUAUCUCUCUUUCUCAAAUUUGACAAAUUAUGAAUCAUUCUUUUAAAGAAUUUUGAUUAUUAAUAUCAAUGAUUGUUAAGACUCUACAAAAUGAGAAGUUCUUUCUUUCUUUUUUUUUUUUUAAUUGUAAUGUGAUCACGGGCGCUUAAGAAAAGUUUCUUAAAACAACUAAAGUCCUUAUAAGUAGGAUAAUUAACGAGAUUACAUUUUAUAUUCAUUUACACUAAUUAAUUAUACCUUUUAUAUGAGAUAGGUAACAAGAAAUUUUUCUAUACCUUUUGUAAAACUUUUUUAGAAAUUUCGUUAGAUUUUAGGAGUGAAAUAUUUGAAACUUAUUCAAAUAGCACACAUUUGCUUACUUAUAUUAUAUAUACGUGACAUUUUUUGUAAUUAUUUUUAAUUAUAAUUCGCAAUGUACUUUUACGAUUUAUACAAGGCAAUAAACUAAUUGAAUAUACUGCAAUAAAAUAUUUUCUCUUCGAUAUUUUUUAAAUUUCUUUAUGUAGAUAUUAUUUUUAUUUGUUCAGAAAGAAAAAAAGAAAAAGAUUGCAGGUGGUUACAAGAGAUUUUCGAUUUAUUAUUGCACAAUAAUUCUAAAUAUUAAGAACUGCAUUUCCUUGUCACGCAUUCGUAUUUAAUACUUUCGUUGACAAUUGAAUUUAGUUCCCUCCUUACAUAAUAUUAUAACACCCUAUAUAAUCUAUGUACGAUAUCAUGAAAAAAGUUGCGCACACAUUUUCUUGAAAAUUGAAAAAUUUGAGUGAGCACAAACUUGUUUCGAUGUUAUCUCAGAUUUUUAUUAAUAAUAUAAUACAUUACAUUAUAUCACUUUUACCUAAAAUAUGGAAGACGUAUUUCUCGAGUUUACACUUUGACACAAAUUGUAUUUUAAAUUUGUGUGCCG